GUAGAAAUGUGAUUUCACAUGUGUGAAUUCAUUAAAGGGAAAUAACCCAUGUAUAGUUUUCGUGAUCACGUCUAGCCUAGGAAAAUGUUUACUGUGAUUCCAGUUUUGAUGCUGCUGACAGAUUUGGGAAAAAAGAACAUGAAUUAAACACAGCCUUCAUGGAAGAGGUUAUUAUUGACGUGGACUGCUCACAUAUACUACUACAAUUCUUGCACAUGGACUAUUUGGUUAAAAGUCAGUAAUGUAAUGAAGCACAUGUGUUAAUGCACUACUUCGUUAUGAACAGAACUUUAAUGGACAGCAUCAGAAUGCAAUUUAACCUUACUCUAUAAUGCACAAAAUGUGUGUGCGUGUAUCGGAUACAAAUUACAAUACAGUCGGAACAAAACUGUACAUUAUCUCUACUAUAUUUGGAUGCAAAACAAUUUAGAGGCUGUUUUACUUUUAAGAAUUAUAUAUUGAAAGGUUGAGGUCACUGAAUUCCGAAAUCCAUUUAUAAUGGAUUAAAUUCUGCUGGACUGUAGUGUUCUAAAUUCUGAAAUCCAUAAUGGAUUAAAUUCUGCGGGACAUUAGUGUUCUAAAUUCUGAAAUCCAUAAUGGAUUAAAUUCUGCUGGGAUGUAGUGUUCUAAAUUCCAAAAUCCAUAAUGGAUUACAUUCUGCUGGACUGUAGUGUUCUGAAUUCUGAAAUCCAUAACGGAUUAAAUUCUGCUUAACUGUAGUGUUCUGAAUUCCGAAAUCCAUAAUGGAUCAUACUCCUCAUUAACUUUGUACACUACUAAACUCUGAAAUUGUUAAUGGAUUAAUAUUCCUUGUUGACUUUGUACCCUGUGUUAUAGAGAACUCUGCAGUUUACAGUUGGCUUGUAGCAGCAUUUGGACUGAUGUCAUGGGACUGGUUUGUUUCCAGACCAUCUCACGCCUGUGUCAGCAACUUUCGUCACAGCUCUUGAUUCAGAGGCUGCUCCAUGGAAGCAGAACAUACGCUGGUGUCUCUUGUUUAAAAUACACCAUCUAUGACUCCCAUGUCCUGAGAUCAAGAUGCAGCUGUUACCAAAAUCGAUGGGCACAUGUAGACAAGAAAGAACUUGCAUACUUUUCCCCAUACAAGCGAAUUCCGAAACGGUAUGUCGAAGAAAUUGAUAACGUUGUUGAACUAUAUCAUGACACAAUCGUCCAUUUUGCAUCGAUAUUCAAAUGUGAUGUCUCCUUGAUUGAAGACAUGGUUCGACGGGACACGCGUAUUGUAACAUCCUUCAAGGUCAAGGACGUAUCCGAGAGGAUGAGACUGGUCAUACGCUAUGGCUACAGCAUUCAUGAUGUGUUAAGUUAUACGGGGAUCUUCUACAAGUCAAUGGCAGAGCUGGCCCAAAGACUAGAAGAGAUGGCAAAGAUUAGAAAGAUCAGUUCCUUGUUGCGUCCGGCAAAUCUGUCCAGGUGGAGGUACAGAAUUUACAUGGAUCAGAUGCUGAAGGAGGCUUCUCUGAUCGAGGGACACCCAUCCAGAGACAGCUACGUGGCUGCACUCUUGGGGUGCAGCGAGCCGGAGUUAAAGGCACUGGCAGAGAAAGGAAACCACCACCUGCUUACGAAGAAGCCAUCACAGUUGACCACUUUAGUUGAACUGCUUGUGUCCUACGGGUUCUCUCUAGAGGAGAUACGACAGAAUCCGGGAGUCCUCAUGGCUUCGAUACAUCUGGCCAGCAAGAGACUCCGACGCAUGUCUGAUCUGGGACUGCUCCUGAAGGCGCACAUGGUGUUCAUUCUGACAUCAUCGGACGAAAACAUCGAGUCUGUGAUUCCCCUCUGGAUGGAAGAGAAGGAAGCUCUGGGACCUCACUCCGACAGGAAGCAGUACCUCAUGCACAGGAUGGCCCUGGAUGAGCACCAGUAUGAGGUGCUGGUGAGGAAGGCCAAGGAAAUCAAGGUGAUGAAUGCCCGGAGACUGAAGCACGUCCUGGACGUGCUGAUGGACCACAUGGGUCUUAGGUCAGAGGACAUCCAGAUGCAUCCAACGCUGCUGUACUACAGCACAGAGAGACUCUCUCAGAGGUGGAAGAUACUGCAGGAGGCUGGCGUCCUCUCAAAGACAAUCCUUAUAAAGGAACUUAAACUCAGUGAGGCAGAUUUCACUGACAAAUAUGGUGAUGAUGCGUAAAUAGAGAACACUGGCUAUUCAUCUGUGAGAUGGAAGAUACUGCAGGAGGCUGGUGUUCUCUCAAAAACAAUCCUUAUAAAAGAAUUAAAACUCAGUGAGGUAGAUUUCACCGACAAAUAUGGUGAUGAUGCAUAAAUAAGAGAACACUUGCUAUCCAUCUGAGACGCUGCUUGUUCUACAACACAGAGACUCUCUCAGAGGUGGAAGAUACUGCAGGAGGCUGGUGUUCUCUCAAAGACAAUCCUUAUAAAGGAACUUAAAACUCAGUGAGGCAGAUUUCACUAACAAAUAUGGCGAUUAUAAAUAAAUGACAAUACAAUGUACAAUGUACUUAGGCUAAUCUCAGACUACCAACUAGCAGCACAAAGUUGGCCAACUUUCUGCUGUCACGACUUCUACGACUGUCCAUUUGCUAGUCUGAGCACUCUUACAACUCGAUUCUUGAAUGCACCAAUAAUAAGUCAAGAUAUGCGAAAAUUACAACUCAACCGUCAAGUUGGCCAACUCUGUCUUGGCAGUUGACAGUCUGAACCUAAUAUUGCUUGAGUGGCUGUUGGAUGCCAUUUAUCUUACAAUGAGUUGUUUGAAAAACAUGUGUAAUAAGCAAAAGCAGUAUUUGUUUUCUUAUCAGCGAGUCAGAUUUUACUGACAAAUAUGGUGAUAAUGCAUUCAUAAAUAGAGAAAACUACCAGAGAAUAUCUUGUUUUCAAAAUGUUGAUUAGUGAUAUUUCUAGUCAAUUAAAAAUUGAUUAGCAACUACUGUUUAUUUUUUUUUAAUUGUGUAGCGAUAUCUGAAACGUGCGUAACGAAUCGUGACACAGUACUACUACUGGCUUCAGUGGUGGCGUGGUUAGGCCAUCGGUCUACAGGCUAGUAGGUACUGGUUUCGUAUCCCAGUCGAGGCAUGGGAUUUUUAAUCUAGAUACUGACUCCAAACCCUGAGUGAGUGCUCUGCAAGGCUCAAU